GAAACUCCCAAGUCUCCACGCUGAGAAAAAAGAAAGCCGUAAACUCUCUCUCGCUCGCUCCCUCGCCGUGCUUGUUAUCAUCAUUGCACUUCUCUUAUAACAAUGUACAUAGAGAUAGUAGCGCUGCUCUCUCUUCAACGCCACUAACCUUUAACUAUAAUCAUAUUAAUCUAUUGAUGGAGUUCGAUCUUGAAAACCCAUUAACUAACUCCAAUCACUUAUGCCCUCCCCCUUCUCCUAAUUCUACUUCCCUCUUCCUGCUUGAAUCCGAUCAUAUGCCCUCUCACCAUUACAUACAGUCUCUCAAAGCUGGAGCUUUUCCUACUUCUGUCCGACGCAAUGCUAUCGCUUCUAUCUCACUGUUUUGUUGUCGAUUUGGCCCUUUCUUACCUUAUCUCGCUGUCAAUUAUCUUGACCGGUUCUUGUCAAGCCAAGGAAUACCGCAGCAACCUAAGGCAUGGGUUGUAAGACUUGUUGCAUGCUCCUGCGUCUCCUUAGCUGCCAAGAUGACCAAAACUGAGUUUUCUCUCAUCGACUUUCAGGGCGAUGGCGGUUUUAUAUUUGAUGCACAAACAAUAGAGCGAAUGGAGUACCUAAUCUUGGGAGCACUCAAAUGGCGAAUGCGUUCAAUUACUCCUUUCUCUUUCAUAUCCUUUUUCAUUUCAUUCUUCAAUCUCAAAGACCCUCCUUUAAGGCAAGCCCUCAAAGCUCGAGCUGUUGAACUCAUCUUAAAAGCUCAAAUGGAUACAAGGCUUAUGGAGUUGAGGCCAUCAAUAAUUGCAGCAUCCGCACUUCUCUCUGCUUCCCAUCAACUUUUACCCUUGCAGUUCCCCUGCUUUAGAAAAGCAAUUUCCAGCUGUUCAUAUGUAAAUAAGGAAAACAUGUUACAGUGCUGCAAUUGGAUGCAAGAGAUGGAGAAGGAAGGAGAGCAAUCAGAAUCAGUGGAUGAGAUUAUGGCGUCGAGCUCUAACACGCCUGUUAAUGUGCUUGACCAGCAUUUUUCAUGUUGGGAAAGUGAAAUUGCAGCCGAUGCAACAAAGACGGACAUGAAGAGACCAAGAAUUAACGAUUACCCUGACAAUCAUUCGGUCCACUUCUCUCAGCUCCAACACUGUUGAUGACACCUUUAUGUGUCAAAAGUUUUAAUCAAUGGCCCAUUUUGAGAGUGACCCUUCCUCGCCUUCAAAUAAGUAUCAAUUACAAUGGAAAACGAGAAAUGGGUAGCUCGGCUGACAACGUAGAUGAUGGAUCAAUCUCGUGUGCUGGGCUACGUUACUGUGUUGAUUAGAUGGAAAAAGAAGCGGAGAACCAUUGUUUUAGGUACAGAAGAAAGACAAAACAUAACUUUGAGUUGUAGGGUUGGUGUUUUUGUUACUCUAUUUGGUGUCGUGUCUGGCAGAUGAAUAAGCGUGUGAGUGCUAAUACAACAACAAUAGUAUUAUUAUUUAUUUAUAUGUGUUUUUAAUACAAUGUGAGAAUGUGACUUCUUGAUUAAGUUUGAACUA